AUGGAGGGUAUGGAAGCUUUCCCUGCUGACUUCAGGCAACCAUUCACCGUCUCUCUAAUUAUUCAGUGGGGUGCCAAAAUUUCAACCACUCUACAUGUAGCUUAUCAGUUGGUUCUAACGGUUAUAGGAAAAAUUAGUCAGGCGGAGUUCAAUUUUAAACUCCUAUUCGGGUGUGUGUAUCCUUUUGACCCUGUGAAGAACUGGGGCCGAUAUCUAGCGGUUUACGCUCAUCAGUCGUAUAGCAUAUAUCAUUUGGCGUACUACUACGUCGGCUCCGGGUGUUUGCUCGUGACUCUAUGCUCCCAACUGAGUACGGAAUUUGCUCUUCUACGGGAGGAUAUGAAAAAUGCUGUACCGAUGCCAAAUAGAGACAUAAUAACUGAGGUGCCGAUAGUGGAAAAGAAUAAAAGAAUUGAAACAAUGGUUCAAAACCAUCAAGAAUUGAUUAAAUUGGCGCAUUCGUUAAACCACAUUUUCAAUCGGACGAUUUUCAUUGAUCUCUGUUUCUUCGCCAUAAUAAUAUGUUUUUUCGCAAUGAUUUUAGCGAUAUCACACGAAGCCAUAGACAAAUUAAUGAACAUCGUCAGUAUAGUCGCCAUGUUGACUAUUGUUUACCUGGUUUGUUACUACUGCGAAAUGCUUAAAGAGGAGAGUGAAGGGAUAGCAGAGGCCGCAUAUGAGAACCUAUGGUAUAAGGGCGGAACUCACUAUCAGAAAACCAUUGGAUUUAUCAUCAUGAGAGCUCAACGUCCUUGUUACGUGACGUCUUUGAACUAUGUACCGAUAACUCUCAACACUUUUACAAAGGUGGUGAGCACAACUUGGUCUUACUUUUCUUUAAUGAUGACAAUGUACGGCGAUACGUAA